CCGUGUUCUGAAGCUGAAACUUUCUCUGCAAUAAUCUGUUUUGAAUUUUCAUCACUUUUCCGGUUAGGAUUUCAGUAAUAAAUCAGCUCUAAAAUUCUAGGGAGUAUAUAUACUUGUGUACAUACACGUUACGUGUAAGUUUCGUAUAUAUACUUUUCCCUUCUCCCCCAAUCUCCGCCGCACCGACUAAAUUCAGCUCUUCAUCAGCUGCAGCAGCAGCAACAGUGGCGUGCACGACGACGCCGUUUCGAUCACCGAUCUCGUCGUCCUCCGAGAAAUGGCCAAGCGCGGAUAUAAAUUGCAGGAGUUUGUGGCGCAUUCGGGGAAUGUAAAUUGUUUAAGGAUUGGGAGGAAGAACUUUCGGCAAUUUAUAACAGGUGGAGAUGAUCAAGUGGUCAAUCUUUGGUCAAUUGGCAAUCCUGCACCUUUAUCGAGUCUUUCUGGUCACUCAAGUCCAGUUGAAUCUGUAGCUUUUGAUUCUUCGGAGAUCUUGGUGGUUGCCGGAGCAUCAUCUGGUGUAAUUAAAUUGUGGGACCUUGAAGAAACAAAGAUGGUUCGCACUCUUUCUGGACACAGAUCCUAUUGCACUGCUGUGGAAUUCCAUCCAUUUGGUGAAUUUUUUGCAUCUGGUUCCAUGGACACUAAUCUAAAGAUAUGGGAUAUCAGAAAGAAAGGAUGCAUUCAUACAUAUAAGGGUCAUACUCGAGGAAUUAGCACUAUAAGGUUUACUCCUGAUGGCCGAUGGGUGGUUUCUGGUGGAUUUGAUAAUGUUGUAAAGAUAUGGGACCUGACAGCUGGAAAACUCUUGCAUGAUUUCAAGUUUCAUGAAGGACAUAUCCGAUCAAUAGACUUCCAUCCACUUGAAUUUCUUCUGGCUACAGGCUCAGCGGAUCGAACUGUUAAGUUUUGGGAUUUGGAAACUUUUGAAAUGAUUGGGUCUGCCAGGCGUGAGACUGCUGGAGUUCGAUCCAUAACGUUUCACCCUGAUGGAAGAACGCUAUUCUGUGGAUUGGAUGAUAGUUUGAAGGUGUAUUCAUGGGAGCCAGUAAUUUGUCAUGACUCUGUUGAUAUGGGAUGGUCAACACUAGGUGAUAUGUGCGUCCAUGAUGGUAAACUCUUGGGUGGUGCAUAUUUUCAGAACUCUGUUGGAGUUUGGGUAGCUGAUAUUUCGCUUAUUGAGCCAUAUGGUGGGGGUGCGAUACCUGAGCUGAAUGGCCCACCUGAGCAGAAAUAUGAAGUUCAAGAAAAUCCUUCUGAGAAAUCCGUAAGCCAUAGGAGGUCCAAUUCAAAUUUCCGCAGCAUGUCACCAGAUAUUGAUUCUAAAGACAUUAAGAAUAUCUAUGUGGAUACUGAAGCUUGUAAGCCUGUUACUUCAACAAAAGUUGGGUCUCUUAAUUCUCCAAAUGCUGUAGACCCUUCUGAACCAAAGGAGAUUACGACUUUGGCAAGUCAGAAGCAGGGCUCUGCGGUAAGGGUGCAUGCAAAGACUAAUGUGUCAGGGGAUGCCAAAUCCUUCAUUGUGCCUAUAGUGAUACCUCGUGAAUAUCCUAGUGCAAAAGAUAAGGCCGGUUCUAGAAGGGAAUCUUUUGCUAGCAGUAGGGCCAUUACUGGUACACUUAAGCCUUCCCAUAUCCGAAGGUCGUCAAAUACAAAGUCUGAUAUGGAGAAAAUCUCAACUGGAUUGGAAACCAUGUCUCUUGGCAGUAUGACGACUGCAGUGGAGACUAAAACGGAACCAAACUUCAACAGCAAGCUUGUUUGCAACAAUAAUGUGAAGGAAUUCUCUGAGGGAGAAGAUCUGAGCAUCAAGAAUGUUGGAGAGAAGCUAGAAAAAGCUACAUCGCUGACAAGACUGUCAAAUCAGGAAAAUGGUGAAAAGCCCCAGGAGUGCAACAAAGGGGUUAUUCCUAUUAGAGUUGUGAAUGGAGUGGCAGUUGUGCGAGGUAGGACACGCAGUUUGGUUGAGAGAUUUGAAAAAAGAGAGGGAUUGAGUAGUAAUGAAGCUCAAACGCCUGAGAAAGCUCCUAACUUUAGUAGCGAAGAAGCUCAAACGCCUGAGAAAGCUCCUAACUUUAGUAGCAAAGAAGCUCAAAUGCCUGAGAAUGCUCCUAACUUCAGUAGCAAAGAAGCUCAAAUGCCUGACAGAUGUCCUAGUUCAAUAACUGAGGCAGCUAAAGCAUCUUUGCAGGAUAAUAAUCCACCAAAUGCUGGAAGGGAGCCAGAUACAGAUGAUAAUCAUGCCAUUGAAGCGCUGAUGCAAAAUCAUGACGUGCUAUUAAGCACUUUUCGGUCACGCCUGACAAAGUUACAAGUGGUGCGGCAUUUUUGGGAACGCAAUGAUGUUAAAGGUGCAAUAAAUGCUAUGAUGAAGUUGCCUGAUCAUUCUGUACAAGCAGAUGUAGUCAGUGUUCUAAAGGAGAAAAUGGAGAUUAUUACCUUAGAGCUCUUCUCAUGCUUACUACCUGUGCUUUUAAGCUUACUGGAUAGCAAAAUUGAUAGGCAUGCUAGUGUUUCUCUGGAGAUGCUCUUGAAACUCAUUGCCGUCUUCGGACCUUUAGUUCAUUCAACCGUUUCAGCACCUCGUGCUGUUGGGGUUGAUCUUCAUGCAGAAGAAAGACGUGAAAGCUGCAAACAGUGUUUUGUCCAUCUUCAGAAUGUUCAGAAAAUUCUUCCGUCACUGGUUCAGAGGGGUGGUGUGGUGGCAAGAUGUGCACAUGAACUAAGCCUUGUUCUUCGAGAACCGUAAUAUACUUUUCUAUGUGGUAUUAACUUCAAUGAAGAGGAAAUGUCCUGCUUUUUGCUUCCCCUUGGAUAAAAUUCUUUCAGACCGCCUCUUUUCACACGAGGGAAGCAUCACAAUUUUGUCAUGCUGAUGUCUGUCUCUGGCUACCUUUUUUGAGUCCUUUUGGUAGCUAUGCAUACAAGCUUGAUGCUCCAUGCGGUAAAAAGCUUGAGGAGGAUUUUGUUCAGCUGCAGCCAAUUAUCCCUGGUUCAAGGUGUUAGUCCUCAAUAUAAAGGUAGUAAAUUUCAUUUAGUGAUGCCUUGGAAGAUGUUGCAGCUGUAGCAUACAUACAUGUAUACUUGUGGUCUUACUUAACCUGUAAUUACAAGUCAAUUUAUGUAAAUGCGCUUGUAAUAUUUAAUGAUAUGUAUACAGCCUCCAUUUAUCAAUGAAAUAUAUUUCCUAUCUUGUAGUCU